AUGACCGAGUUGGAGGAGCGAAUCUCAGUUUAUGAGCAACUGUGGGCUUUGGCAAUUCCCGGGUUCACUCUGGAGGACGCGUACAGAAAGUACCAAGAGAUGGGGGUCUCAGGCGUGCGGAGUCUUGUUCACCAGUACCUCCCUCGCCGCGCAGAAACACGGCCGCACUCUGGCAUAAACACGCCCCGUCCUCCCACAAGAGCGAGGUCUCCUGCGGAUCUCGACGCAGCCGACCUCACACCGCUCAUCGCUGUGGUGCAUGACCCGAACGAGUUUGAGUGGCACGAGGGCCAGGUUGCCGGAGCGCUGGACGGCAUGGGCGUCGAUUCAAACACCGAGGAAGGUGUCAGCUACCUGGGCUUGUCGUCUGGUUCAACCUUUGUCAACGUGAUCAAGCGUCUCACGCCAGCACACACACUUUCAGUGUCUCCCGAGAACUUUACGUCGUCCAAUCUAGACGUGGAGAGAAUACUGCGGCCUACAAAUGGAAACCAGUUGCGGCAGUCUACAAAAGCGGUCCAUCCGCUCCCUCCCCUGUCCGAGAUCCUCCCGUUUGUCGACUGCUACUUUCAAUACUUUCACACCCUCACACCUUUGGUGCACGAACCAACCAUCAGGGCUCAGAUUACCGGUGCACUCCCAAUCUCUACCAAACCUGGCCAGGAAGUCUUGAUCUUCAUGGUGUUCGCGAUGGGAGCGUUCGAUCUCGCUACCGAUGACAGCGACCUGGGUCACCAGUAUUAUGAGAUUGCGCACAAAGCUCUUCAGCACGACCUUCUCGAAGAGGGCUCGCUGCAGCUUGUCCAGGGACUGGCCAUCAUGGCGAAUUACCUUCAACGCUCAAACCGUCCCAACGCCGGUCACCUCACCAUGGGCCUUGCCAUCCGAAUGGCUUAUCUCACCGUUUCAACGGUUGCAAAACCUGCCAACUCGUCCGACGUCACCCUCUACUCGGCUCUCAUCACUCAAUCGACCCUCGCCCAGGUCACUUGCUCCGUCCACGAGGCGAUCCUCCAGUCCCGCCCAGCACCAACUCUGGAGCAGAUCAAGGUCUAUGACGCAAGAAUCGUUGCGGCUGUCGAAUCGUUGCCCUCACAUUGUAAAGAUUGCCCUGGUGGUCCCUACCGCUUUGCCCAUUGCGUUCAAGUCUGGAGGGUGCGCGACUUCCGCGCAAUCCUGUACCGCCCGAUCCUGCUCGCUGCCGCAUGGGACACCAGGAACGGAGGCCGGCGGUCCAUCACUGCCGCUACACGGGAGGCAAUAGAGAUCUGUCGCACACUUGCACUGGACAACCUCCACGACAUUGGCGAAUUCUUCCUUGCCGCGGACGGUUGUUCGACGCGCGUCGUCGAGUGGUACACACUCUACUUUGCGUUCCAGUCUGCUUUGGCUAUCCUGUUGUCGGUUGUCUGGGAGCCCUCCCACGUGGAUGCUGAGAAAUGGCGGAGUGCGAUUCACUCGACUGCCUCGUGGUUCCGGCAAAUGCGCUCACUGAACAAUGUUGGGCACAAGUAUGCCCAAAUCCUUGAGAACAUUGUGAACACGGUCCCGACGCCUACAGAGACCCAUGGCCUUGCUGCUGCACUGGAGGCGUACAGUGGGCUUGAGGAGCCUGCCAUGGAUGUGGACCGUUACUGGCUCGAGAUUAUGGGCAACGAGCUGGCGCUUCCAAACGUAAACCAGACGGGAUGGUGGGACCAGUUUAUACAAGCACAAUCGGAAUACUAG